AUGGAUCGUGAAGACCUUGUAAGUGAAGCUAAUAAUUACUUACUUCUUGUAAGAGGACGUUCAACAGACAGGAUAAAGAAGAAUGGUGGUUAUGGUAAAGGUAGAGGACGUUCUAAGAGUAGAACGCGACUGCAGAAAGAUGAGUGUGCUUGGUGCCAUGACUUUGGUCAUUGGGCUAAGGAUUGUACCAAGCGUAAGGCAAGAGAAGGAUACCGAGAUGGUACAUGGGUAUUAGAUACUAGAGCAAAGUAUCAUAUAUGUCCAUAUCGGGACUGUUUCUCAUGUUUUGAAGAGCUUUAUAGAGAAGUACGUAUGGGAAACAAUCAUACCUGCAGAGUGAUUGGGAUUGGUAGUGUUCGUAUCAAGAUGCAUGAUGAUAUGGUUAGUGAGUUGAAGGAGGGCAUACGCCAUCAUAACUUAUACUAUUUGAUUAGGAGUACAACAAUAGGGGAUGUGUCUAUUUCUGAACACAUCGAGAGUGCAACUACCGAGAAGACAAAGUUAUGGCACAUGAGACUUGCACAUCCAGGUGAGAAGUCGUUGCAUAGGUUGAUUCAACAAGACUUGUUAAAAGGUGCAAUCACCUGUAAGUUAGCAUUUUCCGAACAUUGUGUUAAGGGAAAGAAAACAAGAACAAGCUUUGUCACAACUAUCCACAAUACUAGUGGAGUUCUUGACUAUGUUUACUCAUAUGUUUGGGGUCCUUCCAAGAAUGCAUCAUUGGGAAGGAAACAUUGUGAAAACAAGCUUGAUUUCCGUGCUGUGAAACUAAUCUUUGUGGGUAUGAAGAGUGGAGUAAAAGGGUUCAAGAUUUGGAAUCCAAUUGACAAGAAUAUAGUCAUGAGUAGAGAUGUCACAUUUGAUGAGAUGUCUAUGUUAAAGUCUCGGGGUUCUCGGCAGGUGAAGAAUAGAAGCACCAGUACUAGUGAUCCUUUGCAUCAGGUGGAGAUUGAUGAAACUCCACCAAUUACAGUUAAGUCUAUAUAUGUUCAGAAUACUUCUGAAGACACUGGGUCUGCAAGAGAGGUAACUACUGAAGUUCCAAAUGAUAUUGACGAUAUUAAUAAAGAGGAACAUGAGUCACUAGAAGAUAGAGAAGUUACGGUCACGGAGUCCAUAACAACCAGUAAACCAAGAAGAUCAACCAUGAAGCCUGGUUGGAUGAAUGAUUACAUUGCUUAUGCAUUACCAGUUGUUUAA